UUCAUUCUUAGGAACCAUGAAAAGCUUCCACCCGGCGCUUAUCUUCUUCAUCGGGUUUGUUUCCUUCAGUCUGUUUCGAGACUCAGCUGCAUCUGUUGUUUCAACAGGAGACUUCAACAAGGACUUCUUUGUGAUAUGGUCUCCCACCCAUGUGAACACAUCUGCGGAUGGUCAGACAAGGAGCUUGAAACUGGACCAAGAAUCUGGAGCUGGUUUUGCUUCAAACCAGAUGUUUUUAUUUGGGCAAAUAGACAUGCAAAUCAAACUAGUGCCAGGUGAUUCUGCAGGCACUGUCCUGGCCUAUUAUCUUACCUCUGAUCAACCUAAUCGAGAUGAGAUAGACUUUGAGUUUCUUGGCAAUGUCUCCGGGCAGCCAUAUAUUCUUCAAACAAAUAUUUUCGCAGAUGGAACAGACAAUCGAGAGGAGAGAAUUUAUCUGUGGUUUGAUCCAACAAAGGACUUCCAUACUUAUUCAGUGUUGUGGAAUAUACACCAGAUUGUGUUAAUGGUGGAUAUGAUUCCCGUAAGAGUUUACAGAAACCAUGGGGACAAGGGUGUAGCAUUUCCAAGAUGGCAGCCAAUGAGUCUGAAAGCCACUCUGUGGAAUGGUGAUAGCUGGGCUACACGAGGUGGGCAAGAUAAGAUUGAUUGGACAAAGGGUCCCUUCAUAGCUUCAUUCAGAAAAUACAAGAUUGAUGGUUGUGUAUGGAAAGGGAACCCAAGGUUUUGCAGAGCAGCUAGCCCUGCCAAUUGGUGGAACCAAUACAGCUAUAGCACACUCACAUCUGCACAAAGAAGGUGGUUCAAAUGGGUCAGGAAAUACCACAUGAUUUAUGAUUACUGCCAAGACACUCAGAGGUUCCACAACAAUCUUCCCAGGGAAUGUUCUCUUCCCAAAUAUUGAUCACAAUGGAGGAUGUUUUAAAGCUUUUAGUUUCAGAUGUGUUGUUACUAUUGCUCUCAAGUUUAAUGCUACCUAGCCAAGUGUUUUUAAAAGACUAGAUUAGAAUUGCCAAAUAUCAAUUUUUUAUUUCAAUGUUCAGACAAGUUAACAAGAU